UAUACUGAAAUAUUGGUAUUAUAUGUGUGGGGAAAAUGUUGGAUGGACGUUGCGACGUGGGAAAAAUAUGUUAUCGGUACUUUUUAAAUUAACCAGGCUAUCCUGACUAGUAGCUAUACAUGCUAUAUGAAUAUAAUUAAGCAAAAACAGAACAGUGAGGUUGUAGUGAGGCAGCUUUGUGAACUGACGGCUAAAAGGCUAAGUUAAUUAAUUAUAUAUAUAUUACACACAUGCAUACUCAGGUAUAGCCAGUGUUCUAAAAUGUACUAGAUAGUACCUAGUGCACUAGGUAACCUAACUCCAGUAUAAUUGAAACAUAAACUAGAGUUCUGUGUACGAAUCUAUAAGAACUCGAGAAUAAAAAAAACGAAGUCGUUUAUCUACACAUACAGGCGAUAGUAUUUCAUAAUUCAUUAACUGUUUUUUUAAGUAAUAAUAAAUACAUAAAUAAAAUCCCAGGAGAAGGGGUUAGACUAACCAAAUUGUGAUUGGUGGAACGUCAGGGGUCAAAGGUGACGCACAUAGAGGCGGCGCAGGAAGAAGUUUGAACAUGGCGGAUAAAGAGAAGAAGAAGAAGGAGAGUAUAUUUGACUUGUCAAAAUACAUCGACAAAACCAUCAGAGUUAAAUUCCAAGGUGGACGUGAAGCUAGUGGCGUCCUGAAAGGGUUCGAUCCUCUGCUGAACCUGGUGCUAGACGGUACAAUUGAGUACAUGCGUGACCCAGAUGAUCAGUAUAAACUGACUGAGGACACCAGGCAACUCGGCCUUGUCGUGUGUCGAGGGACGGCUGUUGUCCUCAUCUGUCCUCAAGACGGCAUGGAGGCCAUUCCCAACCCCUUCAUACAGCAGCAGGACGGCUAACGCACUCACCCCCUCUGUCUCUAACACACACACACGGAGAGAUUGUGUCUGUUUUCUACAAGAAGUUUCGGUUGAGCAAAUGUUUAUGUUGCGUCCAAAUUUGUGGAUGUCGGAUGCCAUCAGGUGUAACGUGGUUUUUUUCCCCCCUGGUUGUAACUUUGCUCAGGAGAUCUUUUUAGUUUGUUUUCUAGAUAUGGGUUUGAAUUAAACUGUAUGGAGUCACGUGAUCUCGUUAUGUAUGACUGCACAUUGUGCUAACUUUAUUUUUACUCAUUAUUUUAAUAUUAUAAUUAAAUUGGACGUUCGUAAGA